UCUGACUCCACGGCGUCAGCUGUGUGCGUGCGCGUGCCUGUGAGGCUAUACGUGUGUUUAUUUACUUCCAAGUCAAGUGUUGUGCUUUUUAACCGUUGUAGAGAUAAAAACGGCAUCAACUUAGAAUGGUUUGAAAAAGGCGAAGGUCGAGUGGGGCAGGGAUGGCGGUGUGUGCUCUAACUGUGCUGGACGGGCUCGGGGAGGAAGCCACAGCUUUGGGCGGUGUGGUCGUCCUAUUCCUGGCUUUGGUUCUGGCCUGGCUGUCCACCCACGUGGCCGACCGAGGAGAUCACAUUCUGGGGACCAUUCUCACCGUGGGUGCCCAUGCCUCCCUCAUCGGUCUUGGGGGUCACGACAGCUACUCGAGCCCUCCGUCCAGCUCAGAGGCCAGCGAGCAGCUGGACGAGGAGCCCGUAGAGGAGGACAAGCAGGAGGAGCCAGAGGGAGGAGAUGAUGUGGCUGGAGAAGAGCUGCUGGACAUUCAAAGCGGGAGGAAGAAGAUGAGCUGCCUUCAGGACCAUGAGAAGAAAGAUGAAGAGGAAGAGGAAGUGGAGGAUGAAGCCAGCAGUAUUACUGUGAGACUGAAAUUUCUGAACGACACGGAGGAGAUUGCAGUGCUCAGACCACAGGACACCAUCGGCCUGCUGAAGAGUAAGUACUUCUCUGGCCGAGAGCAUCAGAUUAAGCUGAUCUACCAGGGUCAGCUGUUGCAGGACCCCCAGCGCUCGCUCCUGUCCCUCAACAUCACCCACAACAGCGUCCUGCACUGCCACAUCUCUCAAGCGCAGGCUCAGCGUGAGGCGGCAGAGGACGGUCCCAGAGCCAGCAGAGUGUCCAUCCUCAGCGGAGGCCUGCGUUCGGCCGGUGUUGCUCUCAGCACCGGCGGUCUGGUGAUCCCCGUGUUCGUGGUGCUGCUCGCCGUUGUCUGGUACUUCCGAAUCAACUACCGCCAGCUCUUCACUGCCCCGGCCACCAUCUCUCUGGUUGGGGUCACUGUCUUCUUCAGCUUUCUCAUCUUUGGAAUGCACAGUCGAUGAGGA